AUGGCCGGGGGACGCCGGGGUCCCAACAGAACCUCCUACUGCCGGAACCCCCUGUGCGAGCCCGGAGCUGCCGGAGCCUCCGGACACUCCUCGGGCUCCUCCGUCACCGGCGUGCGCUCCCGGACCAGGAGUGGCUCAGGGACAGGCCUGUCCAGCCCCCCUCUGGCAGCUCAGACAGUGGUUCCCCUGCGGCACUGCAAGAUCCCCGAGCUGCCCGUGGAGAGGAGCGUCCUGUUCGAGCUGCAGCUCUUCUUCUGCCACCUCGUCGCCCUCUUCGUCCACUACAUCAACAUCUACAAGACAAACGGCCAUGUCAUCUACAACGGGGACAUGACGCCCAAGGUGGGGGUCGAGGUGGCCCCGCAGAACGGGAACGGCUCGGCGGAACCCCCCAAGGAGGAGAGCGAGGGCGAAGCGGGCGGUGCGGACACCAUCGAGCCCGCCCCGGCCGCCGCCGACGGCGGCGACCCCAAAACCGAAGGGGCCGCGGCCCCCAAGGACGCCCCCAAGAAGAAGAAGAAGUUCUCCUUCAAGAAAUCCUUCAAGCUGAGCGGGAUCUCCUUUCGCAAGAACAAGAAGGAAGCCGGGGACUCCUCCGGCUCCUCGCCCACGGAGGAACAGGGCAGGAGCGAGGAGACCCCGCCGGGGGGGCUGCAGCCCUCGGCUCCCCCCGAGGAGGAGCAGAGCGGCCCCGGGGAGGGCGGAGAGGGGCCCGAGCCCAAGGAUGGAGGAGAAGCCGCGGGGAGCCAGGAGGAGGAGAAUCAGCAGCAGCAGGGAGGGGAGAGCCAAGGAGACACAGCCAAACCCGAGGAGCCCUCGAAAGGCGCGGGGCCGGAGCCCACAACGAGCCCGGCGGAGCAGAAGGAAGAGUAGAGGCCGCUCGGGGCAUCGUCCUCACCGGGGACUCUCACAGCGCCCCCCGACCCUCCCCGCCCCAGCCCGGAUCGCCACGGACUCGCCCGCACCGCCCCGGCCCCGCUAGGACCGCCAGCACCUCCCGCACACCCCGCCCUGCAGGGAACGCGCUCCCCGCUCCCGCUAGAGAGAAAGAGAAAAAGCUGGUUUGGAUUCCCAUCACCACUUGGAGUAGUUUGAGCUGAAUUCCUUGGAGAAAACAAACAAACAAACAAAAGAAAGCUGGCGAGGAAGAUUUGUCCCGGACACCACUGGAGUUUACAGUUUGUAAGAACCCGGAUCCCAAAUCCCACUCUGGAUCUCUCCAGACUGUCCCCCCUCUCCUCCCGCUCCCACUGACUGUUCAAUGGAAUUUUUAUUUUAUUUUGUGUUUUUUUCGUGUUUGUUUUUUUUUUCCUUUAUUUCUCAGUUUACAUUCCUGGUUCUGACUUUUCAUUUCAAGUAUUUUCGUGCUUUUUUUUUUUUUUAUAUAGAAAUCGAUGGUUUAAAAAAAGCUAAUCUGGUUAGUUUUUUUUAUAAUGUCUUCUAUUGGCUUAAAACUAUAAAGCUUGUAAGUCCGCUGUGUUUAAUUCUGCUUUAAGGGGUAACUUUUAGGGUGUGGGGUGGAGAGAGGGGGCCCUACCAGCUGUAUAAUGUGAAGCCAACAUUGUUUUUUUUUUUCCUCUGUAAAUAAUUUUUUUAAUGGCCAAGAAAACCGCUUGAUUUGCAAUUUUCUAACUUGUAAAAAAAAAAAAAAAGGGAGAAAAAGAAAAAAAAAAUUUAAAAAAAAAAAAAAAAGACAACAAACCCAAACUAAACCACCAAACAAAAGCUGUAACAUUUGAAAGGAAUAAAUGGUGAGCCCUUUA